GACGAAGAAGCAGGGGGAGACGAUUUCGAGAGGGCACAAGAAUUACGAACUUAUGCUCAAUCUACAGCUUGGGAUCAGGCACGCUGUAGGUAGAUAUGCUGCACAAGUUCCGUCACUUGAUCUAAAAUCAUCUGCAUUCGACCCCAGAGAAAAAAUGUGGACGAAAUUCCCUCCCGAAGGAUCAAAAUAUACACCCCCACAUCAAUCAUGUGAUUUCAAGUGGAAGGAUUACUGCCCUUUGGUGUUCAGGACUCUGCGCAGACUGUUUAAGGUUGACGCCGCUGAUUAUAUGCUCUCCAUCUGUGGGAACGAUGCACUUCGGGAUUUGACCAAUGAUGAUCGAUACAUGAUCAAAACGAUAAAGAAGGCAGAAGUGAAAGUACUCCUGCGAAUGCUACCAGCUUAUUAUAAGCAUGUUCGUUCUUAUGAAAAUACUCUUGUAGCAAAGUUCUUUGGUCUGCACUGUGUCAAACUAACUGGGACAGCCCAAAAGAAGGUGCGGUUUGUUAUCAUGGGAAAUCUUUUCUGCUCUGAGUACAUUAUCCACAGGCGCUUCGACCUGAAAGGGUCCUCUCAUGGCCGAACGACUGAUAAAGCUGAAUCAGAGAUUGAUGAGAAUACGACUCUCAAAGACCUUGAUCUUAAUUACAUAUUCCGAUUGCAUAAGUCCUGGUUCCAAGAAUUCCGUAGGCAGAUAGAUAGGGACUGUGACUUGCUUGAGCAGGAGAGGAUCAUGGACUACAGUCUUUUGGUGGGUCUUCACUUUAGAGAUUCCAGAGAUUCAACUCUAAAUGAAGGUAACUUUGAAAAUGAAAAUUCUAAGGAAACAGCUCCUCGCCUUUCAAGAGCAGACAUGGAUCAGUUGCUUGCAGAUCCAACACGGUGGUCUACGCUCAGAUUAGGCAUUAACAUGCCGGCUAGAGUUGAGCUAACAGUAAGAAGAAACGAGGGUGAACUUAUUGGAGACCCCACGGGGGAAAUUUAUGAAGUGGUCUUAUUCUUUGGUAUCAUCGACAUACUUCAAGACUAUGAUAUCAGUAAAAAACUCGAACAUGCAUACAAAUCCAUCCAAUAUGAUGCAACUUCAAUAUCAGCUGUUGAUCCGAGGCAAUACGCAAAACGCUUCAAAGAUUUCGUGUACAAAGCUUUUGCAGAAGACACAUAAAGAAAGAAUACAUCAAGCUUCAGGUUCACUAUUUUGUUCUGGGUUAAAAUUAGAAGCUCAAGAA